AUGGCGUUGUCCCGCUCGGCGUCCCGCUUCUCCGCUCUCCCCAUCUCACUUUUCGCCCCUCCCGCAAGCGUAUAUGAUGCCGCAUGUCAUGCCCUGGCAAUCUCCACUCGACACGAAGUACGACGCCUCCUCGCCACACCCCCUGUUCCCGUUUUUCACACCGCCCGCCUAGCCUUUCCGGAUGCCCACGCAGUCGCCCUCUGCGUCGCCUUACUCGCGAGCCAUGGCGCCAACUCCACGUUAGUCCACCGUUUUCUAACUACUUGGACAACUGCGUAUAGUCUUCCCUAUCCCCUCCCCUUUCCCAACGACCAAACCCCCACCCCGAAACGCCCGCGCUCCCGAUGGCUCUCACUCGACUUUUCCAGCAACCGCUCUCUUUCUCCGCGUGGAGCGUCCGCCAUCCUCGCCGCUUGUCUUUUGCUUCCAGCUGGCACCCCCGUUGAACUCAGUAUCCAUGACUGUCCCAAACUCUCUUCCCUAACGCUUACCCCUUGGCUCCCGCUUCUAUCGUCGGCGCGCUCAUGUGCCACUUUGGUCGGACUCAGACUUGACUCGUGUCCUUUGCGAAUGUUGCCAUUAGACACACUCCGCCAGCUUCCCGACAUACGCUGGAUAUCCCUUCGCUACACCGGCUUUUCUAAUCUAUGGCGAUGUGCAGAGGUCUUCGCCGGCCUCCGAAAACUAACUGCCGCUCUCGUUAGCGGCACCGAGAGCCGCGGACAUGAUCAGAGGCAGCUCGAUGACAUGAGGGAAUUUUGCAGGAAGGCAAUGCAUGCAAUUGGUUUCGAUGCCGGCAAUGUUGCCUCCCAUGCCUUGACAAGCAUUUCUACAGCUCUCGAUAGACGGCGGGAGGCUUCUAUUGAGGACAUUCCCUUCUCGUAUAUCGCUCCCCCGACAAAUCAUCCUGCGAAAGCUGCAUUGCUCGUCUCGCAGCAGGAAAGUGUUUUGUCUGGCUAUGGCAGACGUCAACGCAUGGCUCGCGCACAGACGGUUCAGGCGGAAGCCAGUCUCAGCGGCGAACAUGACUUGCUCAAUGCCUCGCAUAUGGCUGCAAUGCGCGAGCAGGGACCGUCUGGCGCGAGAAGCCUGUAUGCCCCAGUUGUGCGAAAGCCUUUCUUUUGGGACUUUAUGGUUGUGAAGGCACGCGAGUCUCUCAAACUUCUCGAUGGUAUUAGAAUCACGCCUCAGAAACGCGACGAAGCCAAGAGAACAGUCAUGCACAACUUCGAGGGGUUUAAUGAAGCUGGAGAAGUACCUGCCAAUACGCCUAUCACUGGUCUUCUUCGAUUGCGUGAAGAGGGCUUGUCGAAAUCCAGCAGUCUGUGUCGCAAGGUCUCUGUGCCGUCUGCUGCAAUGCGAAAGAAGAAAAGGCGCCGCACGACGGAACUUUCCCCCAAGGUUGUAGACAUAAUGGCCACUGUACAUGCCGCAGGUUUUCCGACCACUUCUGUCCCCGCAACAGUUUGUCCUUCUACGAAUGCCAACAUUCAUCUCGGCGCAGCUAAAGCGACAGCCGACCGCAGAAUCCUCAUCCCACAGUCAUCCACAUUCACCGGGACCCCGGAAUCUUCAGGCAUGGACGGCUCAUCUUCCCCAGAUUCAGACAAGAGUAGUUCCCAGAGUCGCGUCGCAUCUUGGUACCAUGCAGCAGAAAGUGACUUUCGCAGCCGGUGUAAAUUUCUGAGGGCCGGUUGUCGGGGCUAUAGUGAGGGUGACUUUGAGGCAUCUGUAUCCGCAGCUUUGCUUAAGAGGCCUGGGGCCCCUCGCAUCCAGUACUUGGAUCAAUGGCAAGAUCGACCGCGUCAAUUUGAAUACAAUCCCGCAAGGCCAUCAGAGCUGGUGUACGGGACGGAAGACGGUUAUGUUGUGCUCAUUGAUCAGGAAACGGGAGAGGUGAAAGGCUCGUGUCUGAGUGGCGGUGGGCGAGGCAGUCGUCGGGCAGGUCAGGUCAUUCCGCAGUCAUCUGACUUGAACUUGCUGUCGUCCUUAUAUCGACCUGAUGCUUCUCUGUGCCUUGGGACACGUAAGGCUGCCGUAUACGGCCUAUCGUGGCUAAACAACUCAAGCGAUAUGUUGCUGUCAGGAAGUAACGACGGGGCCAUUCAUGUGUACAACGUGCACUGGAUGCGAAGUGGAGAAAGAGGCGGCUGUGUGUACGCGUGCGAUACCUUUUCUCAAAUUACAUCACUUCACGUAGCCUGCGAUGACGUUAAGUUCGCCGUUAGCGGGUACCAAAAACAUGUGGGCAUUUUUGACCUGGGUACGGGGCGACAGACUGAAAUGAUGAGAGAGUGCCACAAGCAACCAAUUAACGUCAUCAGGUUUGCACAUAGCAAUCCUAAUAUCCUGGUGACAGCUAGCUUCGACGAACACGUCAAGAAGUGGGACUUGCGAGAAUCGUGCGUGGGGGGAGCGCGGCGUCCACUUUUCCAGAUCCGAAGUGGAACAGACAACGUUACGGCUUGUUUUUCUCCUGACGAUUCCCGACUGUUGGUAUCUGCGGUGGAUAAUGAUGUCAGACAGUAUCACGCGGAUGAUGGGCGCCUUGAGCUCGAAUUUAACAUUCCCAAAAGCGGUGCAAAUGUCAACUACACGCGGUCCUACUACAUGAACGAUCGUGACUACAUCAUAACGGGCUCGUCGAUGGAGAAUGUAGUGCGUGUAUAUAAUGCUAAGACCGGGUCCUUUUUCAGAGAGAUUGACAUGGAUGAUAGAGAGACGGUAGGGACGACGAAGCGUCGCUUGUGUGUACAAACGCUGAGGGCGAACCCGGGAAGAAAGUUCAACUUCUCUGCACUGCUUGCCGCAAACCCUGGCACAGUUCAAGGAGUGAUUGCGUGCGCUGAUCUUCAUCGGAGGUAGGAAAGCAAAUUAUUUUCAUCGCGUCCGUGUUUUGCUGUGACUCUAGGCGGUACGGAAAUCGUCGCACGUGCCGCUACAAAUUUGGAAUGUGGACAUCUGUGGUCUUUCAGGAAAAACAACUGGCUCAUCAAGUUGUUAGAUAUCCUCCGAAUUCUCCGUCCUCAACGUAUCGCCGUUUUCUGCUAUGGCGCUUUAGCGAAUCGGUCGUAUUGGUGACGGUGCACUAAAUUGUAAAGUAGUAGUGCAUCCUCCCCCUGUAACAAAUUUUUGAUAAAUUUUAACAUGUUUGAUCAGGUUGA